AUGUUCCGCGAGAAUGUAUCAGCAUGGGAUUGCUUCCAGUCUCGCGCUGACGUCUUCCCUGCAUUCUUCAAUCGAGUCCUUGCUCUCAAGGACCCCAAGCGGAAGGCGGGGAGCAAGCGAGCUCGGCAGGAGGAGCAGGAGCAGAAGCAGCAGGAAGAGAAGCAGCAGGGAGAGCAGGAGCAGGAGGAGCAGGGGGAGCAGCAGCAGAUGUCUGUUGAGGGAGAUCAAGCUCAGGCGGAGGAUGGAGCAAACAAAGAAGCUGUUGCGGAGGGCAACGGAGCAGAGGGAGAGGGAGGAGAACCGAAGGAGAGUUCAGGCGCAGCAGAAGGGGAGGGAGGCGGAGGGGGAGGAGGGGGAGGGGGUGCUGAAGACAAGAAGGAGGUGAAGGAACAGGGACAGGGUGGAUCGGCUGUUGGCGGAGGAGAGGGGGGUUACGAGCUGAGCAUAUAUGAGCGCGUGAAUUACAUCGUCUUCAUCAUCCACUGCUUCCAGUCGCUGGAGAACCCACUGGUGCGGGCGUGUGUGCUGCCGCUGGUGUCGCUGCCCCUGUGGCACGCCCUCUCACCUGCCCGCAGGGAGCGCGAGCUGCACCCCCACGCGCACCUGCUCGCCCUCUGGGCGCGCCUGCUCAAGAGGGACGCCAAGAACCGCCACGCCAGAAUGCUGGCUGUGGCUGAGGGCGGGGAGAAGAGGGCCGAGGCGGAGGCGGCUGAGAGGAAGGAGAGGCGCGGGGUUCGAUUCCUGCCUGGGUUGAUUCUGGAGUUCUUUGCUGUGAGUGUAUUGGACGAGGUGGUGGAGAAGGGCCCAGACUACGAGGACGACCAGAGCGAGUCAGCCGGGGUGCUGCUGGAGAGAGCAGUGGACCAGCCGCGGCUGCUCUUUUGCGAGCGAUUCCUGGAGCUGCUCAUAGAUCUUCUCAGCCAGCUGCCCACACGCAGGUUCUUUCGUCCUGUAGUGGAUGACAUGGCUGUCGCCGCCCGCUGCCGACUGAGCCGGCUGUACCGGCACCCGCGCGGUCGUCUUUUUGUGCAGCUGGUGGAUCUGCUACGAUUCUACGCUAGAUUCCAAAUGGAUGACCAUGCCGGGCGGCAACUGGACGAGGAGGAGGUGGACAGGGAGCACUGCGCGCGCGUGUCGGCCCUUCAGUUGUUCCUCUUCAACAAAGUGCCAGAGGUGGGUGUGACAGAUCGUCAGAGAGGGUGGUAUCAUGUGCACAUAGCCACGCAGCUGGACGAGGAGGAGGUGGACAGGGAGCACUGUUGCUUUAAGCCUGACUAA